AUGUUACCCGUUCUUUAUGGUAAAAUUAAUCAGACAGAUUACAAUAAUCCUCCAGUACCAAUUUAUAUCACAAGCGGUGCUGGUGGUAGCCCAGAAUGUGGACUAACCAGUAAAUAUACUCGACAAUCAUAUUCUGCUUUUAUCCAGAAUAAUCAAUGUGGUUUUGGUCAACUGAAAGUGAUUAAUCGGACAUAUGCUGAAUGGAAAUUUUACAAUGUGAAUAAUUUAGAAACACCAAUUGAUCAAAUACAAAUACGUAAAAACCAUUAA